GAUGUGCAACGUGUGCAUGUCGGACUUCACCUGCAGGCCGCCGACGAGGCUGGAGCUCAUGCAGUCCUUCACUGGCGAGGAGCGGCGGCGGCGAGAUCGGGCGCCGUCCCCCCGCCGCCGACAGGGACUUCUCGGAGGACCUCCGGCGCCAGCUCCGGCUCUUCCCCGGACCGCUGCAGGAGGGCAUGGUGGACCGCCACUGGAUCGACGCGGCGUUCCUGAUCGUCAAGGUCGCUGAGGAUGGCGCCACCCCGCUGACUGUCAAGAUUGGCGACCAGGAGAGCAUCGUCGAGUUUGUCAACGGCGUAUCUGAUGAUUGGUGUUGGCAGGUGAGAGGCAGGAACUACAGGUUGCUCUUCGAGGGGCCGCUCGAGGCGGCGGGACGCUGCGGCGAGCCGGCGGCCCGAAGAGAGGAGCUUCAGAAGCUGCGGGCGCCUGUGAAGCUGAAGAUGGUGCCCGCCGAGCCCGGGGACUGCGGCGAGGACGGCGUCGUGGCCGUGAACCUCACCCGCCCCGUGCGCCUCACUGGGAACCCAGACGAGGCGAAGCGAAGGCGGCGUUUUGAGGCCGCGCUGCGGAAGGCGAUGCCGAACGGCGAGCCCUUCUUGCCGCCCGUCGCCCAUUUCCUCGGCGGGCCGUGCCUGAAGGACGAGGCGCAGUUCGCGAUCGUGGUCUCGGGCCCGGAGGAUUACGAGGUGUACGAGGAGCUCCCCGAGGCGCUGAAGGCCGCGCAGGCCCGCGUGCUGGCGGUCCGCGGCGCUGCCGCGGAAGCGCCGCCGCCCGGGCCGCUCGCGGCGGCGGAGUCUUGCGAGCGGGAGCGGCUGCUGUCGGCCGCCGCGGCCGGCGGCGCCGCGGCGCUGCGCCUGGCGGCCGAGGAGCGGCAGCGGCUGGAGCGGGAGGUUGCCGCGCAGGCGGAGGAGGUGCGGCAGGAGGAAGAGGAGCGGCGGAGGCGCGCCGCCGACGGCGGGCCCCCGUGCCGCGUCCUCGUGUUCUGGGGCACGGCGGGCUGGAGCCGGUGCCAGCUGAUGGGGGAGCUGGCCUCGGGGUCGUGGGGCCUCUGCAGGUCGGAGGCGGCGGACGUGGCGUCCAGGCAGCCGCACGAAGUUUACGAGGCUUUGUACCCGCGUCUGGUCUUCGCGCCUAAGACGGAGAUGAGCGAGACGUACAACCGCGCGUCCGCGGCCGCGGACGAGGCAGAGGCCCAGGCGCGCCUCCUGCGCUUGCGCCGCCAGCUGCGCCAGCGGCAGCUGCAGCUCGACCGCGAGCUCUCCGCGUCGGGAUGA